GGAGGGAGUGUUAGGGAGACGAUGCAGAGGGAGGGAAGGAUGGAGGGGCGAGGGCCAUGCAACUUGCCAGUGGCACCGUGGCACCGUAGCAAGCUGCACGGGGUCCAAGGGGUUCUGCCACCUCCCGCCGUCGCCUGUUGCCUCCCCUGUUUUUUUAAAGAUCCGCCAGAGGCGCAGUUCGAGAUGAGGGUCCGGGUGUGGGCGUGGCGGGUGUGGUGGCUGUCGGUGUGUCUGUUCCUCGCAGCGCCCGCGUGGGCGGCCAAGAAGAAAGGCAAGAAAAAGACUCGCAAGAAGGACCGCCCUGUGGGACCUCCGCCCAUCACGCCCACGCAGGAAUCGCCACGCAACAGGACCGGCGCCGACAACGGCACCGACAACGUUGAUCAGCUGGACCGCUUGCUGGCAGAUCUCGAGCCCAGCGUGCAGUUCAAGAGACAGUACACCCAGUGCCCCUACAUACGACCACCUGUCACCCCCCCGGUGUGCCCGAUACCCCAGGCGUGCCCAAUGAUCCCGUGCCCGGUGCCUCCGACGCCCGGCCCGGUGUUUCCGACGCCCGGCCCGGUGUUUCCGACGCCCGGCCCGGUGUAUCCGACGCCCGGCACGGUGCCUCCUCAUGUGUGCCCCCCGCCUCCUCAGUGUCCUCCCUGCCCCAAUCAGCCGACCAUGUGUCCCCCUGGACGCCCUGGGCCGCCCGGACCCCCCGGACCUCCCUGCACGGGGCCCCCAGGGCCACCUGGCCCUCCUGGCAUCAGCUCCCCGGGCGCCCCUGGGCCUCCUGGCCUCCCGGGAACCUGUAGCGGCAGCAGCUGCGUCGCGCCGCCGAGCUGCGGCAACGACGGCUGGUACGGCACCAUCACCAACAUGAUCUCCAGCGGAUGCUGCGACCGAGGGUGUCCAGAGGGGGACAAGGAGUGCCCCUGGGACAUCAGCCUUCUGGUCUCCAAGUACCUGGUGGUGAGGGAUCAGAUCGACCUGAUUUCCAAACUCGACACUCGAAUCGACCUUCUCGUGGCCGCCAUCUUCCGCAUGCGUCUGGCCGUCGAGGGAGCGUACGAGAUGGAGGGCGAGCCUGGGGAGCCCGGCGACGAGGGCGACCCGGGGGCCAAGGGCGACCGGGGCCCCGCCGGGGAGCCGGGGCGCUGCCCGGGCUCGAGCUGCCUCGUGGGCCCCCCGGGCGACCCGGGUCCUCCCGGCAGCCCCGGCGACAAGGGCCGGAAGGGCGACUGCUGCUACGGCACGCCCGGGUCGCGCGGGCGCAAGGGCGACGCCGGCCGCGGCAUCCCCGGCGAGCGAGGGCCUCCGGGGCUCCGAGGCGACAAAGGAGAGAUCGGGAGGGCCACUUUCGGUUACUCGGGCGAGCUGGUCUCCGGCGGAGGAAAUAUUUGGGGAGGAUAAGUUUCACCUUAAGCUUCCUGGCAUCGUUAUCAGCGCAUCAGUCUGCUUCCUUUACUCUGUUUCUUACCAUCUGGGCAACGUUGUGGACGAGAGCCCCCAAGCACUGCCAUUCAUCAGCCAUUGCCACUAUGACCUCCCUCAAAGAUAUGUAACAUAUAGUUUUAGUUCACUCUAUAGGGGGUGUAUGCCCUCAUUUCUGUAGAAUUUUGUGAUUCUUUACUGUAAGUCAAUGAAAAGUGGGAAAGUUCAUUGAAACAAA